AUGAUUUAAAAACCAUUUCUUUAUGUGACAAAUCCUGAGACUUUCACAAUUUACAAAUAUUAAUAUUAAGAUGGAAAAUAUAUGAAGAUUGGCCCACAUAUUCCAUAAGAAUUCGAAUUGAUGAGUGUGAGAGAGUAAUAAUAAUAUCGCUAAUGGAAAGCAUUAAAAUUUAUGAUGUGGAGUAUUUUCAAUAAAAAUAAGAUUCAAAAUCCUAUUGAUUAUCGAAUCAUCCUAUGCAGAUUAAUGGAUUUAAAUACAAAUGUGCUCUUGGCAAUUGUCAGUACCAUUGGCUUGAGAUAUUUUCUUCUGAAAUUGCAAUCUCCAUUUAUGGAUUACUAUUUCGAAGAUAGGCUAAUAACAUUUCCUAAACUCAAGAAGUAAUCAAUUGUUAUAUACUUUAUAGAGGCUUGGCCUAUUCUUACUUUGGUUUUGCAUUGUAUUUUGGAGUAAAGAGUGUAAUCAAUUAGGAACAUAUAUUUGAUUUAAGUUUAGAGUAUGAGUGA